AUGGAACCCCACAAGUUGCUGUGCAUUGCAUUUCUGCUGUGUUGUCUGAGUUACCUCUUCUUAGAGACGGUGGCUUCCUCACCUUCACCUUUAUCUGUUCUUGGAAUACAAGAAAAAGCAGGAUCAAAAUCACGUUCAAGGGGCAACUACUGGGCAUGGCUGAAAGACUUCAAGGAUUACUUGUGGGAUCUCAUGAAGAGCACUCUACCUCCAGCAGCCAUUUUCGCUUUUCUUAUCACCACAGCACUAAUGGGCACUCUCUGUUGCCUCACGUAA